AUGAACGUGGAGCCUCAAAUGCUCAAGGACCAGGUUCGAAAAACUAUGGACAUGCAAGCCGCCCUGUCGGUGCUAACACGCAGUAUCGAGGACAAGUUCGCACGUUUGAGAGUCGAGACUGAAGAACUUAAAGCCAGGCGAGAGGACUAUAGCAAGCUCAAUGAGAAGGUCACGAGUCUGGAGGAGGAGCUGAAUGUCAAGGACAGGCACUUCAACGAGAAGUUGAAAGCCUUGGACGAAAAAUUUGAGACGCAGGCCAAGACGAUCGGGUCGCUGAUGAUUCACCGCGAGCGGGCCCAAGAUGAACUUGUGACCAAGCUACCGGAGCGCCGCAUGCACGAGACCAGAACUGCCUGGCUCAAGCGCGCUACAAAGGACCCAUUUGUCGUUUGGGUCUUCGAACAGUACAACAUCAUCUCCGAACGCAUUCACCAAUUGCCUACAAAGGACGAAGCGAAGGAUGCAUUGACUCGUCUUGACCCAUCAGACAAGGACCUGGUGGAAAAGUACAACGAGAUGUUUGCCCGCCUCUACCCUGAAUGA